GCGGCCCCGCCCACCUGCCCACGUGGGUCUUCCGGAAGGCCGAGGGGAGAGCUUCGGCCAUGGCCAGGGUCCGCAGGCUGGAGCUGGCGGAGGCCCUGGCGCUGGGGCCUAGCUGGCGGCACGCGUGCCACGCGCUGCUCUACGCGCCGGACCCGGGGCUGCUCUUCGGCCGCAUCCCGCUGCGUUAUGCCGUACUGAUGCAGAUGCGCUUUGAUGGGCGCCUGGGCUUCCCCGGCGGCUUCGUGAACACGCGGGACGGCAGCCUGGAAGACGGGCUGAACCGGGAGCUGGACGAGGAGCUCGGCGAGGCUGCGGCGGCCUUCCGCGUGGAGCGCGCGGACUACCGCAGCUCGCACGCCGGGCCCGGGCAGCAGGUCGUGGCCCACUUCUAUGCCAAGCGCCUGACGUUGGAACAGCUGACUGCAGUGGAGAUUGGCGCACCGCGCGCCAAGGACCACGGGCUGGAGGUGCUGGGCCUCGUGCGGGUGCCCCUCUAUACCCUGCGGGAUGGUGUGGGAGGCCUGCCUGCCUUCCUAGAGAAUUCCUUUAUUGGAGCUGCACGGGAGCAGCUGCUGGAAGCCCUCCAGGACUUGGGACUGCUGGCAUCUGGCUCUGUCGCAGGCCUUAAGAUCUCAGCUCCUCACUAGAGGCAGCCCUCCAUGGACCCAUGCUGAGCUCAGGACGCUGGUAUUGGAUAGGGAGGAAGGAAAAAGGGAAUAUUUUCUCUUCUGGACCUGGGCCUAAUAGAUGACAACAGAUUAAAAGAUGUAUGUACAGUAUGUUCUGAGCA